CAAUGGAGCUUCUUGAGGAAGACCUUACAUGUCCAAUUUGUUGUAGCUUGUUCGAUGAUCCACGUGCCCUGCCAUGUUCACACAACUUCUGUAAGAAAUGUUUGGAAGGCAUCCUAGAGGGAAAUGCCCGGAAUGUGAUUUGGAGGCAGUCUCUCUUCAAAUGUCCCACCUGCAGGAAGGAAACUCCAGUUACAGGAGUCAACAACCUGCAGGUCAACUAUUCCCUAAAAGGUAUUGUGGAGAAGUAUAACAAAAUUAAAGUAACCACAAAAAUGCCGGUGUGCAAAGUGCACAGCGGCCAGCCCCUCAACAUUUUCUGCCAGACAGACACACAGUUGAUAUGUGGGAUCUGUGCAACUCGAGGAGAUCAUAUAAAGCAUGUGUUUUGCUCCAUCGAAGAUGCUUACUUUCAGGAGAAACGAGCUUUUGAGACACUGUUCCAGGGGUUUGAAAUAUGGCAUUGUGGGGAUGCCCUUUCUCGACUGGACACACUGGAAACGAGUAAGAGGAAAGCCCUCCAGAUGCUGACCAAAGACUAUGACAGGGUCAAAGAGUUUUUUGAGAAGUUACAAUAUACGCUGGAGCAAAAGAAGAAUGAGAUUCUUUCAGACUUUGAGACAAUGAAGCUUGCUGUCAUGCAGGCUUAUGACCCAGAAAUCAACAAGUUGAACACUAUCAUACGAGAGCAACGGAUGGCUUUCAACAUCGCAGAAGCCUUUAAGGAUGUGUCAGAACCCAUUGUGUUUUUGCAGCAGAUGCAGGAGUUUCGAGAGAAAAUCAAAGUGAUCAAGGAAACCAGAUUGCCUUGCCCUACUGUAGACAUCAACUCCACCAUGAAGGACUUUGAUACUAGCCAGUGGGAGCAAUUUAAGCUAGCAGAUGUGGACAAGCUGUCUUUACCUCAGGAGAAAACCAGUUUGAUUCCUCUGCUCUUCUCUCGCAAGUUUAUUGUUGCCACUUUUCUUUGCUUGCUUAUCCUUGCUACCACCCGGAUGCCGUUUAUGGACUCUCUAGGUGAUACUCUCCUGCACUGGAAAGCUCUUAUCUCUGCAUUUGGCUCAGGGUAUCUGGUAGACGUAGCAGAGAUAGCAGAUCAUGCUGUGUUCUACUGGGAGAAAAUGACGGAUGGGGCUUCUGUUAUGAGUGAAAAAUGUGUAAACUACACCCUUGUGAUGUUGGGUAACGUUGCUCAGUUUGUCUGCAAAUAUAAACUUUUGUAGCUACCAUUAGUGCACAGGAAACCUGAACUGAAAGAAGUAAUUCUUUUGGAGUGUUGUCUUUUUUUCUUUAAACCCAAGUACACUGGAUAUUGAUAAACUGGAGCAGAUUUUUCAA